AUGGCAUCAGCCUCUCCUUCACCUCUUGCCAGUUCUGUAGAGAAGACAAAUGGAGCCAAGCUCAGCCGACUUCUCAUCGAUGGUGGAACAACAGUUCUUAGGAGCAUUUUCAAUGGAUAUCAUCCUCCAGCAAGUCUUUCAGCCGCAUUGAAAUCAAACUCUUUGACUCUUAAAAGUCUGUUGAGAAGAAGGAUCCUACACAAACCUCAAUGGGAUCUAUUAAUUCCUCCAAGCGGUGCUCCUCCAGACUCCCAAACAUUCGAUAUCACUCUUUUAUUCCUUCUCUUAACCAAAAUUUGUGGUCUCUCUCCACCCCACUCUGGGUGGCACACUAAACCACCUCCAUGUGACAACUCCCUUGAAGCAAAUCUUGCUCGCAUAAAGUUUUACCGCAAUGAAUUGUAUGGCCAUGUUACCACAACAGGUAUUGCUGAUCCAGCUUUCUCAACUCUGUGGCAGGAGAUCAGUGUUGUUCUUGUUGCUCUUGGCUUGGAGCAGGCGGAAAUUGAUCGAUUGAAGGCUGAGCAUUGUGGAGAGCAAGAGUUCUUAGAUGCGUUGCUUGAGUGGGCUGAUUCUGAGAGAGAUGUAAAAUCACAGCUGAAGGAUAUUGAGACCAAAGUGCUGCAAACUGUCGAUGAAAGUAAAGUAAAGCUGGAAGAAGUUCAUCAGUUGCAGAAGAACUUACAAGAAUCUGUGCAGAGCCAACAGCAAGAUAGUACAGCUAUUCAAGAUAUCUUUGGAAAAGUCUCUGAGAAGCUUCAAACCAUUCAAACUUUGAAUAACAAGAAGGAGUGCAUCAGAGGUGACGAAGUCCUUACGAAACUAGCAAAGGUUGACAAUUUACGUGAACUUAGAGGCCAUGCAAGCAGAUAUGUUGAGGGAACUCGUUUAUCGAUUCUUGAAGAAGUUGAGAGGUGGUUAGACGACAAAAGUUCUCCAAAUAGAGUGAUUGUUAUUAGUGGGAACGCAGGAAUGGGAAAGUCUGUAAUCUCAGCUGUCUUGUGCCAAAAGAUGUUAGAGGCUGGAAGAUUGUCAGGGAGCCACUUCUGUCGCCAUAACAAGGCACGCCAAAGGAAUCCCAAAGUGAUGCUGCAGUCGUUAGCCUGUCAGCUUUCAGACUCGCUGCCAGAGUUUAAGAAGGCUAUCGUGAAGAAGUUGUCGAGAAAUGUGGGCGUUGAAAUUGGAGACAUGGAAGUGGAAGAACUGUUUGAAUUUUUGUUUGGAGAACCUCUUUCAGAUUUGGAAGACCCAGGCUCUAUCCAUCUCAUUGUAAUAGAUGGCUUAGACGAAAGUGAAUACCAGGGGCGUAAUGAGCUUUUGAAUGUGAUUGCUGAUUACUUCAAGACGCUUCCGUUCUGGAUUCGAUUUGUGGUAACAACGCGACCUGAAAUGAACAUCUCAGAGAAGAUUCAAGACUUAAAUCCCAUACAGCUGAACCCAAACGAUCAAGAAAACUUGAUGGACGUUAGGCUUUGCUUUCAAAAGCAACUGGAAUAUGUCCUGCAAUCUGAUUGCCAAGAUACCCUCUUGGAGAAGCUUGUUGAAGAGUCAGAAGGAGUCAUGUUAUAUACCUAUUACCUGACAGAGUUCAUUAAGAGGAAUGCUGCGGGUAUGAGUGCUGCUGAAGUGAUCAACAGCGGCUUGCCAUCUGGUAUUUCGUCCGUUUAUCAAGGCCAGUUCAAACGCCUGAAAAGUGAAAUGCAGAAAGAACUGGGUAUCACCGAAGAGCAACUCUUUGAUUUUUUAAAUGCCAUGGUGGCAGCAAGAGAACCAUUACCCGUCGAGUUUGCUUAUAAGUUGUUCCUUUCAAAAGAAUGGUCAUCGGCUGAUGAGCAAAAAGUACGAAACGCAGUUGAUUGUAUCUCGGCUCUUCUACCCAUUGAGGGCGAGUGCAUUAACUUCUUUCACAAAUCAGUCAAGGACUGGUUGGUCGAGGAGUCUACUUCGAGGCAAAAGAAGUUUACUGUUAGCGGAAAAGAAAGUCAUCGCGUCAUUGCAAAGCUUUGCAGAGAUGAACUAGAUGAAUUGAAACUUAAAGGGAUCCAGAGUUCAACACUGAAACAGACGUCGAGGUAUGCCUUGCAGCAUGGUGUUCAGCAUAUACUUGAGGUAGAAGAGAAUGCCCGUCCGUGUAGCCUCGACGACAUUGUAAAGAAUUAUGUUUUGGACCUAGAAUUGGUCUAUGCAAAGCUAACUGUGAAGAGUACAGCAGCCACUGAAGAUAUUCUUUUCGUACAAGAGAAGGAAAAUACAAAUGGUCUGUCAAAGAAUUGCAGAGAAGCCCUCGAGACGUUAUUGUUACUGUUGCGGAAGCAUUUAAGUACUCUUUCAAAACUUCCUUAUGCCAUCUUUCAAAUCUUGUUGAAUGAAGGAGGACGUGAACUGUCUGCGGAGGCAUUAAGCCUGCUGAACACCAAGUAUGCGGACUUACCAUAUAUGGAAUAUUUGCGAAAGAAGGAGGAAAGAACAGAUGUUCUACUGCGGUUUUUUGCUUCAGAUUGGGUGGCCUGCUUUGAUGUCUCACCAAAUCAGGACUACCUGGUUUGCGAGUGUUUCGAUGGCACAAUUCAUCUGUGGUCGCUCCGUACUGCCCAGCCAAUGUGGAAACGCCCUUCGUUGGUAUCAGAGAAUGAUUUAUGGGUGUGCCGUGGGUUCAGUGGGUUUUCCUUUCAUCCAUUUUCCCGGUCAGUAGUUUUCCAUCCAACCUUAAACCUGAUCCUGCAAAGGACUCUGUGUCAGGGUUAUACCUUGGUCGGAGACGUGCAACCUCUUUUCCGUUCGAGCAAGUGCCGGUUCAAAGUUUGUUCAAUGUCUGGUGACAAAACCACGCUGCUGACUGACUGUCUGGACGGAAGGAAUUGCGUCAUCCAGUGGAGUCUAAAAGAUGGAAGCGAAAUUUAUCGUUUUACACACAAAUGCGAAAUUUUAUCUUUUGCUUGGUCUGCUAGUGGAAGACGGAUGGUGAUCGUCGAUUCUGACAAGUGCGUAUACCUCAUUGACAUGAAUGAUGGAUUUGAGACUCUGAUAUGGGCUUCUGCUUGGUCACAAUAUGUUAAGUUAACUCCUGACAGCCGUUUUUUUUUCUGUUUGGUUUUGGAUGAGGAUGAACAUGUUUGGUCUCCGAAGCCCAAGCUUUUUUGUUUAGAUAUUGACAGAAACACUAAGUCAAUAUGUAGUUUGGAUCGCUUUUUUAGGACGAGUCCCUACCAGUACGCCUCGGAAUUUGAAACUUGCAAUGAGAGUGGUUUCUUGUCAGGAGAUCCCUUUUGGAAUUCAUCUUUAAGAAUAUUCCCAUCUGUAGAUUUUGUACUUGUAUUGAAAAAGCAGUUGUUACUAAGAGUUUCCCCUCUCAGUAAAGUGAUUGAAAUGUGUAGCCUUAAUGACAUAAGGGAGUGGAGAGGUGAGAGUAGCGAUGAAGCAGGACAAAGCACAGAACCCGGUGACAUUACGACAGAGAGAGCCGAAAAUAACGAUCUAACGGAACAUAACCUACCAGAAAUCAACGAUAUGCCGGAGCAGAAAGCUGAAAUCGAUGUUCUGUCAGGACAGAGAGCUGAAGUUGUUGAUCCAUCAGAACAGAGAGCUGAACUUGACGACCUACUCGAACAGAUGGCUGAACUGGGUGGCCUAGUUGAACAGACAAUGGAACUUAACAACUCUACGGAAAAGAAAGGUGAAUUUGAUGACUUUGUGGGAGAACGAACGGAAUUUAAUGACCCAUCAGAAAAGAGGCUCAAACUCGAUGAACCAUCACAACGAUUGGAAAUUGGUCUAUGCAGCUUAUCAGAGAAUGGAGCUGAUCCUUAUUUUAAAGGGGGUAAGUUUCUAAAGAAACUGUGGUGCUGCGUCGGUGGAAGUGUAUAACAGGGUAAUUUAAUAUAUUAAAGUUCACACGGCAACCAGAUGGACAAUUAGACAUGGUUUGGUGCUACUCUGGUUUACAGAUUUAAUGAAUGUAACCGAAGAAAUUACAAUUCAUAGACCCAACGUCUCGACACUCCUGUCUAGUGCCUUCAUCAGGGGUGAUCUAAACGCUGCAACAAGAGGUCCUUCUAUAUGAUCACUAAUUAGCUGCCUUUUUUUCUGACGAGGUGUAAGUAAGCGUCAGUAAGCAAGCCGCCAUCGUCACGAUUUCGAGGAGCGUGGGCGGAGUUAAUAUGCCAAGCCUCCAAACAAAGGCGCUGGUGGUAACGCCGAUUAGCGGUGAUAAUUUUAGAAUUAUCCCACCCAAUUGUAUGGUUAGUUAGGCAUGUGUGCUCCGAUAAAGCUGAAUUUUCCUUUUUGCAAAAGAAAACCGCUUUUUGAUGCUCUUUGAAACGUGUACCAAACUGACGUUUGGUCUGUCCGAUGUAUACGUUGUCACAGUCAUUGCAAGGAAUAGAAUAAAUGGCGUCGGUUCGUUGUUCUUUCGUGACAGGAUCCUUAGGUUUGGCAAAAAUAUGCCCCGAAGUCUGAAAAGGUUUUUUAGCAACUUAAACGUUGUGGCUAUUCAAAAUUCUCUUGAUGGGUUCUGUAACACCCUGAAUGUAAGGAAUAACAGCAAAACCAGUCGCUAGUUCCCUUUCAUCAAGAGAGUUACUAGUUGUAACUGGUUUUUGGCAGUUACGGAGAAAGGUUUUCGUAUAGCCAUUUGCCUUUAGGACAUUAGAAAUAUAUGUGUAUACUUGGUUUUUACGCCACAUACACAACAUACUCAGGCGUGCUAAACCUCCUCCCAAAAUCCGGAAAUGAAGCGGAGCGCCUCCUAUCGCAUUUGAAUUCAGUAGAAUUCAGGAGUGUCGAAACGUUGAGUCUAUGAAUUGUAACUUCUUCGGUUACAUUCAUUAAAUCUGUAAACCAAAGUAGCAUCAAACCAUGUCUGAGGGUAAUUUAGUGUUAUCAAAUGAGUUGAUAACGUAAAUUGGCCACCGUAGAGAGUUUAAAAGCUGACGUUGACGUUCCGAGAGUUAGCUUUUAAAAUCUUUACGAUGGCCAAUUUACGCUAUCAACUCAGUUGAUAAUACUAAAUUACCCUGAUCCUUAUUCUGUUCUCUCUUUCCUAGAUGAUCAGGAACCUCUACUUGAGGACAUAGAGGAAAACGGUUCUGCUGGAGAUGAUUACUCUGGACUACCAGAUAGCGUUUACUUCUCUGUUGAUGGUAAUUCUCUUUAUACCGUGGUGGGUACAAGGAUCCAGCGAAUAAAUCUUGUGACUGGCGAUGUUUUAAGUAAAAGGGUUAGUCGCAAGGCAUGUCUGACUAUCGGAAGGCGUUUUCGUCUUGUGCCCGUCAAAAGAGGUGUCCUAUUCGAAACAAAUGGUAGCUCGCUUGAGUUGUGGAACUCUGAGUUGUCUGCUUGCAUGCAAAGGUGGACUGGCUUUUUUGUCAGGGUUGCUGUACCCUUAUCAGAGGAACUAGUCGCCUUGGAAACGGUGAAUGACGAUGAUGGCAGACGAGAAGUGAUCAUUCUAGAUACAACGAAUGAAAAAAUUGUGUCAACGAUUGCAAAUUUUGGUGGUGCAUUUUUUGCAUGUAAUAAUAAAUGUGAAGUGCUAACCACUACUGAUGGAGAGUCUCUGCAGCUGUGGCGUAAAAACCAAGUGAUAUGGGAAACUUCUAUUCAAUUAGAUCUAUCCGGGUUAUACGUAACUGUUAUUUUUUCUCCCACUGAAGAAUACGUCGUCAUUUUUGAUGAAAUUGGCUCUUACGUCCUCAACGCAGUUUCGGGAAAAGUGAUUUGUGAAUUGGAGAUCAUGGCUGCAAAUGAUAUUAAGUUUAUCAGUAACGAGGACUGCAUCGUCAGCUUGAAUUAUCCAAGAGGUUUUUGUCUUAGAUUAUACAACGUUAUAUCUGGUGAUCUCCUUAGUGAAAUUGUUGAGGAACGAUAUGUUCUAAGUUUUGCAGCUUAUCCUUGUAAGCGCUUGGUAGCAAUUGUCCUUGAAAACUCCGAGAACCAUUUUGAAAUCAUUCAAGUGAAGCUGCCAGGCGAUAAAGAGAAGAAGAACAUGAAAAGGUCAGUUGAAACAAAGUUUAUUUGA